GGUAACCUGCAGGAGGACUCACAUGGUCCUGCAGCAGCAGCGCAGACCACCGGUACUCUCCAAACCUCUUACGCACAGCUCGGCUUCAUUCUCCUUUUUCAAAAUACUCUCCCGUUUUUAUUGUCUUUUUUUUCGCAUCCCUCCUCCCGCAGCCCAGUGUCGGUCGGACUUGGGCCGGUAAAGCAGCGCCAUGGCUCGGGAGAACGGAGACACCGGCAGGGGAGAGACGUGGAAAAAACAAGUCGACGACAUCAAGAAGAUAUUUGAUUUUAAAGAAGUCCUGGGAACAGGAGCGUUUUCAGAGGUGGUCCUGGCCCAGGAGAGGCUGACCGGCCGGAUGUUUGCGGUGAAGUGCAUCCCUAAAAAGGCCCUGAAGGGGAAGGAGAGCAGCAUCGAGAACGAGAUCGCUGUGCUGAGAAGGAUCAAGCACGAGAACAUUGUGGCUCUGGAGGACAUCUACGAGAGUCCGGACCACCUCUACCUGAUCAUGCAGCUGGUGUCCGGCGGCGAGCUGUUCGACCGUAUCGUGGAAAAAGGUUUCUACACGGAGAAGGACGCGAGCACGCUGAUCCGACAAGUCCUGGACGCUGUUAACUACCUGCACAGGAUGGGCAUCGUACACCGAGACCUGAAGCCGGAGAACUUGUUGUAUUUUAAUCCUCAAGACGAGUCAAAGAUCAUGAUCAGCGACUUCGGACUUUCCAAGAUGGAGGGCAGCGGUGACGUCAUGUCCACUGCCUGUGGCACCCCAGGAUACGUGGCUCCAGAGGUCCUCGCUCAGAAGCCGUACAGUAAGGCAGUGGACUGCUGGUCCAUCGGAGUGAUUGCCUACAUCCUACUCUGUGGUUAUCCUCCGUUCUACGACGAAAACGACUCCAAGCUCUUUGAGCAGAUCCUGAAAGCCGACUACGAGUUUGACGCUCCGUACUGGGACGACAUAUCCGACUCAGCCAAGGAUUUCAUCAGCAGUCUGAUGGAAAAAGAUCCAGCCAAGCGUUUCACCUGUGAACAGGCACUCAGACACCCUUGGAUCGCUGGGGAUACGGCUCUCUGUAAGAACAUCCAUGAGUCAGUCAGCCGACAGAUCAGAAAGAACUUCGCCAAGAGCAAAUGGAGGCAAGCGUUCAAUGCCACCGCCGUGGUUCGACACAUGAGGCGGCUACAGCUUGGCAGCAGCAUGGGGAGCAGCAUGGACGCCUCCAACCCGCCGACCAGGCUGAGCCAGACACAGAAGCCGGCUCAAAGCCAGAGCCAGGCGGGCCAGAACCAGCCAGCUCAGAGCCAAAACACCGGCCAGGCGGCUCAGAGCCAGAGCACCAACAUAGCCGCCAGCAAAACCACUUCCACUGACAACAACAUAGCAGCUCCACGCAAGGAAUGUGUCACUGCGCCAGCCACGCCCUGCAGUCUGGCAUCCGCAGCCUCUUCUCCUGCUGCAGGGGCGGAGCUGAACCGGCCACACCCCUCGGCGGUGCCCGCCCCAGUGCUCACAGAGACCAAGUGACGCCAGGUCCCGCGGGGAACCAGCUGGGAGGCCACGGCGCUGUGAGGCAGAGAGAAACAGAGGACAACAGGAGAGGAGAAGGAUCACCCUCUUCUCCCUUCCUCUCCUUACUGUACUUCCUCUUGGAUGCCACCCAGCCAGUUCCCCGCCCUGCUCCCGGGAGAGCAGAGGACUUUACCUCCACCCCACCGAUUCAAGCCACACAGCGCCAUACUGUACACCCACCACCCGCCCACCAGAACAACAACAGCACGGCCACUGACUCUCAUUGAGGAUGUUCGUGUGGAAUGCUGUGAUCGUUUGCUAUUUAAUGAUAAACGGGCGUCGACUGCUCCAAGCUUGAGCUGUAAUUAGUGGUUCAGGAGGGGCCGGUGGUAUCAUAUUAUUCACUGUCAGUCAACAUCAACUUCCCUCUUGAAUCUGGUCUUUCCUGCACAACGUUAUUUAGCUUUUUUCCAACUUAGGUUUGACUGUUGGCAACUGGAUUGUUUUAUUUUCUAUUAUUACUGUUCAUUUUAAAGGUGCUAUGUGUAACUUCAAACAAACAUAUCAUUGUCAGAUUGAUAGUGCUACUUUGGUAUUGUGACUGUAAAUAAAUAAGACCAUAGCCAAGAAGAGAGUUUCUCUAGAUUGAGACCGCAUUUCCCAGAAGCCCAUUGUUUCUUCUGGCUUCCUCCAUCACCACAUUCUCUGGAAUAGGCACCCUUCUCCGUACAGCAAUGAAGAUUUCCCUUCAAAUCUGACCGAGUAUCUGAGUAAAAUGCAGAAUAGAGGCCAACAGUCUUCUGAGCAAUGACCUCACUUGUUUACACAAAUUCUACUAAUUUUGCAAACUGAUGAGACAAUGAUUUAUCCAUGUUAAAAUGCUACACAUAGCACCUUUAAGAUCUUUUCUAUAUCCUUACAAGCUUGUUUUGUCUGUUUGUUUGUGCUUUAAGAAGUGCUUUAAAAGUACCAUACAACUGUUGAGAUGUGAAAACAUGAGUAAGCGCUUUAUCUAUUUUGCACAGAGAGGGUUAGAUAUGUUCUCAGACACAGAUUAGCCGCCAUCCACUUAUGUUUUUCUGACAGAGAGUAGAGAUUGUAAACCUUUAUAAAAAAAAAAAAAAUGUGGAUGUCAGAGCAUUG